AUGAAGGGGCUUGCUAGCCUAUUUCAAAUAUGGUUUGUGGUUCAGAGUUGCUGCCUUAUUCACAGAUCAUUGCUGCAUUUGAAUGCAAGGUUCGAUCGUGGUUCAGUGGAAGUGGAAGCCACCUGGGCAUUAGGUGUCAUGUAAUUUAAUUCAUGGUUUUGAUGAACUCAUGAACCUAUAUGAGUUAUAUGGUCAAAGUAGGACUCACAUGGUGCCAUUUUGUAUAUGUCUGCUCAUUUCAGUGGGACCAACUUCUUUGCAGGUAUGUAUAGGCUUGCAGCCUGAGAUGGAUCUUAAAGUUUGUAAUAGCAUAGUACGCAGGGCCAAGUUGCUUUCUUUUGUGCGAAGAUUUCUCCUAACAAGACUUCUCCUGUCAAGCCUUGGUAGCAUUUAAUAGCAUACCCCUACUGCAUAGAUUAAAGCUUUCAAUCAUAUAAUGCAUCUGGUUUCAACAACUUAAGAAACAUUUAUGGCUAUGGAGCUGAUUUUAUGGCUAUUUCUUCUGCAGAUCAGGUGAAACAGUGAAGGUGUGUCAUAAGGGACAGGAGCAAAAAACUCUAGAAGUUGAGAUUUUUAGAUUAUGAAAUGCUUGUAGAGGCUGUGUAGAGUGGGGAACCAAUUUUCUAAUGCAGGCUGCAUUCUGGCAGGUAGUCACACCAGAGCUAAAAGUGUGCAAGCUGUCACUUUUUCUUUCCAACACCUUCUUUUCUCUCUCUCUCCUUUUAAGGCACAGUUCACUCUUGUCAAAGUUCUGAACUGAACACUUGCUGAGAGCUUCUUCCCCACCAUCAGCCCAACUGUUUUGACUCUUCCCUCUAUUUUCCUCCCUUGCUCCUCUCCUCUAGGCUUCCUCCACCUGCAUGAAAUUAGGCCAAGGGCUGAAUGUAACCCUUGAGCUGCAGGUGGGGAACCCCUGCUAAAUAGCAUGGCCAUGGAUGGUUUUAUUUCCUCUUCUUUGUGUGUGCAUGUGUGGGAGCUGCUUAAAUUGUUGCUGGGUAGCUAAUGAGCCAAACCAUGCCAGCCCACACACACUUUUUGUUAACAGCACACUAAAAUAAGAAAAUCCCUGCACAGUUGGCUAAUAAACUAGAAAAUAUGAGGUGCCCUGAUGCCCCUCAUUGGAAUAAUGUUAAUUGGCUUAGUAGAGCACAGGCUUCUACAGUAUUUAUUUAUUUUGUUGUUGUUAAAAUUAUGUAUUGGGUUCUGUUUAAUCACUGGCAGCUUGCUUAGCUCUCAGAAUGAACUUCCAGCUUCUAAAUUGGUAGCAAAAGUGUUUUUCUAUAGGUGUUAAUAAGAAUUUCCUUUUUUGUUUUAUUGCAUGUUGGUUUAGAUAGGAAUAGAAAUAUAAGAAGCCGCUGUAUACCGAGACAGACCAUUGGUUCGCCAAGCUCAGUAUUACCUACUCUGACUGGCAGCAGGGUUUUUUGGCGGGAGUUUCUCCCAACCCUCUCCUUAGUCAUCACAGACUGAAUCUGGGAUUUCCUGCACUCAAGGCAAAUUUUCUGCUAUUGAGCUAUGGUCCUUCCUCAGAAACCCAACAUAAGCAGGAACAGUCCUGCUUAGUAUCAGAUGCAAUCCUCAGGCUCUUAGCUUGAGGAAAUCUGAAAGCUUUAUUCAAGAAAUCAGAACAAGGUCUCAGCAUUAGCUCAAAGUACAGGAUACAGUAUUCAUAAGGCUUCAACAGACCUCUAGGUUGAAUGACAAGGCGAUAGCUAAGACCUCCUGCUCUACUUUCUAAAGAGAAGGCAGGAUCAAGUCAUUCAUGUGGUUCUCAUUCCAAGCAAGAAAACUAAGAGUGUUUUUUAUUUUCAUACGUGCUGUACGCCCAUGAUCCAAUCUGAUUUGGACACUGCCCUGGAAUUAUUUUUGCAGUGUCUCUUUCUAGUCACUUUUAACAGUUCUAGUUAACUUGUGGGUGGUGAGUUGGUGCUUGCAGAAGUUUCAGGAGCCUUUUAUUUACCUCCUCUGUGCUUGAGAGCUUGCUGUUUUUUAUGUUUGAAACAAAAGUUCUAACUCAACUGACCUUGGUGCUGAUCAGCUUUUGAAUACAAAACACUUCACUUUUGUGAUUCUGUCUGUGUUGAAGAUGAUUGCCACUCCUCCAGAAUGUUUGUGAAAUGUAAGUGUUGUUAACGCAGUACUGUAUUGACAAUCCCGCCCCCCCUUGAGAAUAUAGUAUCUAGUUCCUCAAAGAAUCCUUAAAUGCUACUAGCAAUUGGCAGGGCAUCUAAGGGUGUGUGUGCUUUGAAGUUCUCCAGUUCAGCUUCCUCUGGUCUUUCAGGUUAUCACCUAAAAAUUCUUAUUGCAAUUGUGGUUAAAUUUAUCUUCUAAAAAAUAUGCUCCCUACCAUUCACCACGGAUCACUGUGUGGAUUACAACAUUAUUAUAUUGCUUUAAUAAUGUUGGAAUUGGCAAUAUAUUACAAAUAAAACUAUCAUGUAAAAACUGAACAUUAUUAACAGUAAAUACAAACAGACUUAAAAGCAGCAGUGCUGCUAAAAUAGUCAGUAAAACAGGUUAGAAGCCAUUAGGUGUCUGGGCAAACACAAAUGUUUUCACCUAGCUCAUAAAAGAUACUAAGUCAGCAGUAGUUGAAUGGAUGUCAGGCGGGAGUUCCUUUGAUGAGGUGACACCACCAAAAAGGCCCUAUCCCUGGUAAGCACCCACCUAAUCUCAGAAGGUGGGGCAUUCCACAAAGGUUUCAACAACAGACUUAUCCAGGAGCAGGUAGGCCUUCAGUUUUGGGAUUUUUAAACUGGAACCAGCAUUUAUGAAUUAUGUCCUCAUAAAGGACAUUGCAGUAACCUAAUCUGGAUGUUAUCAGAGCAUGAAUGACUUGUGCCCAUUUGAGUUCAGGGUACUUCUGUCCCUUGGUAAAUGUUGCAAACUUUUCUUGCGUGCUUGAACAGAGCAACCAUCACCUCUUCUUGAAAGCUGAGUAUUGCAGUGGGCCUUUUUCUGGGCUGCCUUAGUGAAAAUGUUUGUUGGUGUGUUCUGGAAAUUAAACCCAAGGAACUAGGCCAUUUGCUCUGGGAAUCAUGUUCCUUGGGAAUAUUGGGAACUGUCAGUUUAAUUCUGCAUUUGACUGGACAUGACUCUCCACUGAAAGCAUCUGCUACCUGAUUUUUCCAACUAGGGAUGCCUGGGAGAUUGAACUUGGGACCUUCUGCGUGUAAAGCAGGUGCUCUACCACUGAGAUUUGGUCCUUCUCUGUAUUCUCUGAAAUAUGUGGAGACAGACUGCUGUUGCACAAUCAGUAGUGAAGGAAAGGCAUUCUGUACAUGCAAACAGAAAGUUAACGUUCGUUCCUUGGAACACUGUGGAGUAUAUAUUGUAAAGCAGUGGUCCUCAAUCCCCGGGCCACAGACCGGUACUGGUCCGUGGAUCAAUUGGUACCGGGCCACCCAAGGAACAUUAAAUACAAUUAAAUUAAAAUUAUUAAAUCAAAACAAUCUAAAUAAAAUAUAAACAAUCAACGUUCCCCCCCUCAGCGGGCCACCAAACAAUCAACGUCCCCCCCUCAGCGGGCCGCAGUAAAAUGAUCAAACGUUGACUGGUCCGCGGCGAUAAAAAGGUUGGGGAGCACUGUUGUAAAGGAUAUUGUAGAGUUGGAAAAAUUCAGAAAAGGGGAGCCAAAAUGAUCACGAGGGUUGAGCAUCUCCCCCUGUGAGGAAAGGUUACAGCAUUUGGGGCUUUUUAUUUUAGAGAUAAGGUGGGUAAAAUAUGACAUUAUAAAGCUGUAUAGAAUUGUGUAUGACAUGGAGGACUUGGAUAGAGGGAAUUUUUCCUCCCUCUCUCAUGACUGUAGUAUUUGUGGACAUCCAAUGAAAAAUAAUGUUGGAAGAUUCAGGAUGGACAAAAGAAAGUACUUCUUAAUUAAAUGGUUAAAUUUGCUCCCACAAGAUGCAUUCAUGGCCAGUAACUCUCCAAUGUUGAGGAACUUCCGGGUACCAGAUGCUGGAAAUUGCAGGAGGGGAGAGUGCUGUUUUACUCAGAUCCAACUGGCAGGCUUCCCAUAGGCUUUGUGGUGGCCACUGGUCUGAUCCAGUAAAGUUUUUCUUAUUCUCUUAUGUUCUUGAUUGGCUUUGGUACCGAACGUGUGCACUCAGGGCAAGUCCUUGUGGUGCCUGGUCCCUAAGGUAGAAAAGAUGGGUACCCUUGGACAGUUAGGGAUUGGGCAAAGUAUUUACUUGGCUCAUCCUACUGGUUUUGCCUCUGCAAAUACAGACUCCCAGCUUUGGCUAACAACUGCCCCAGGGUUGUACGCAGCUGCUUUAGACCAGUGGGAUGCCCCACCCCCUUGGCACGCAUUGUGAAAGGCACACUCGUCUCUCUUUACUUGGGAACAUCUCGUCUUGGAGGCUACAGGAUAAGCAAACUCUGUGAUCUACGUAUUUACCUCACAGGUGCUCUUAAUCAGUACCGGUGUAGAGAAGAGCAGAAUAAGACCUGCCGUACUGCCUGCUUGUUACCGCUUUGAUUUGUAAUCAGUGAUGAGUGUGUGGUAACGGAGACCAAAGGGCUGGCUGCUGCUUCCGCCUUGGUCUGAAGAGGGGACUUCAGUGGCAGCAAUCAAGUGUGUUCCUCUUGUGGAUGCUCUUUUGGGUCUAGGAAAUAAGAAGAGCCCCUUGCAUGGAUGGGACUGGAGAGCUUCCCUGUCUGUCUCCUUUCUCCUAAUCUGUUGUAAGUGCUUGUGUGGGGGAAGGAAGGGAGGGAGGAAAUGGUUCAGAGAAUAGGAAGGAGUAAAUUGCUUCAUAAUAGAUCAGUUUAUUUGUUCUAGAAACGCUCUUGCAGGCAUAAUUAACUUUAACACUUGAAACGUAGUAAUUAUGCAUUAAAACCACAAAAGGAAGCAAAAUAGGUGCUUAACUAUUUGUUUCUAUUAGUUAAAUCCCCUAUUUGUCUUUUUCCAUUGUUGCUGCAGCAUUGGGUCUCCCAAAUUAGAUUAACUCAAGCAGUGAUUUAUUUAGUUAUAUUGGUUCCCCACACCCUAAUGCAGAGAUAUUCUUUAGAUGUGUGUUUUCUGCAGUUCCCAUUAUUGCUUGUUAAAUAUUUAGCAAAUCUUAUUUUUGCCACUUCAUGUCUUUGUGUGGCCUCCCCUCUGGUCCCCAUGAAUUUUGCAGGCCACUGAACCCAAUACUUUGAAUAAUGCUCAGCACUGUUCUAGGUGUUUUUCAUCUUCACAGCCCUGUGCAAACAAUAAAUCAACACACAAACUGCAGUGAGACAGGCAUAUAAUUACUUAGAACCUAUAUUACUUUACCUGUUGGUUUUAUUUUGGCAGAGGAUAGAUUGCGAUUAAAACAUCACCAGGAUGCACACACAGCCCUAGGCUUUUGUUCUCAAGCAGGUACAGAUUCUUUAUACUUCAGAAACGAUGGGAAGUUUACUUCCCUGGUAAAUUAUAUGAGUCUUUGUGUGUCUACACACAUCCCUAAAAGUGUAAAGUGUGAAUAUGGCAAACAUGUCCUAUACUACACUUCUUAGGGAAAUGAGGUUAGCUGUGACUUCACGUUCCAUGGCAAAUCUUGGUUUUCUCCAGCGUAAUGUGUGAAAUGACCUUGGGUAUAUGUUUUGAUUGAUCAAACAGUGGGUUAAUUGUUGGUUUUGAACUGGUUUUGAACUUGUUCAGUUUUAAACUUGCUGUGUAAUCUUAGCCCUGUCUCUCAUCCUAGCCAACCUUGCAGUGUGGUUGUAAGGAUCAAUGGGGCCAAUCCGUGGUUUUGCUGCCCUGAGCUCCUUGGGGAAAGGUCAGGAUAUAAAUGUGGGAAGAAAUCAAUGAUCCAGAAAAGCAUAGUGUUUCAGUAUCAGUGCUGCAGGCAAGUGGUUUCUCCCACCACCACCACUUUUUCUUUUCUAGUCUCUCUCUGGGGCCUGUAAAACCAUGUUGUGAGUCAAUGUAGACCUUACAAUUUCUCGCAACUCAGUUCUUUUGACCUCUGUUUCUUGCCCUUGGAGGCAAGAGUUGAGAUUCCUCCAGUGAGACUGUAUUUUUUAUUUAAUCAUCUCCAACACUUUUUCAGACUUUGUGGCCUGUUAUAACAAAGUUUGGGAAACCUCUAGACAGUGUAACUCUCAAACCUGGAGUGCAUUAUGCUUUUGACUAGAUGAAGCAGAUUUCCUGGAGCACAUGGCCUGAAAAGUAGUCCUGUAUUACUGAACGGUAUUUGAGACUUGCAGCUUAGCUGGGUUAUCCUGUACUGUACCUACUAUUUAUAGAUUGCUCUUCCUGCACCCAGCUCUCAUCUCUUUGCAGAGCUUUUCUCAGCAAUGUUAAAGCAGGUUGUUCCCCUUCUGUCCUGCAGUACACUCGCAUGCUCAGCAAUGGAUUCUUACUUUCUUUUUAAGGGAGAGAAAUAAGCAGCAAUGCAUUUUGUUGCUUGCAUACUUGCUGGUCUGUCAGGCAGUGUAUGUCUCAGUUAGCCAAAUCUGCAGAGCUUAUCUUUUAUGUACAGCAAGAUGGGUGCAUUUCUUGGUCUUUCUAGCUCAGGCAAGAGUGCUGAGAGAUUUGUGAAAGUGUUGGUUUUGAACUAUUUUUGAAUGGUAUAGCACUAUUCUAGAAAGGCUUUAACCAUUGUUUGAGCCACUACCUCUUGCUUGUUGUUGGUGCAAGUUGGGUUUCCACACACUAUAUCCUUUUUAUUAUUUUGAGCGUCAGGAGGAAAAACUCAUUUUGGUCCCUGGUAUAUCUUUGUCCAUGGUUGCCCUGCUAUCCAGUAGGGUACAUAAAAUUUCUUAAUGGGGUUCCAUGGUGGCGGUGGGGUAGAAUAUGUGAAGGCUAACUGGUGCAUCAGGACUUCUUAAAGUGUUGACACUCUAAGCUCCUCAAGCAGUUGCAAACUGCAUCUGCACACAACCAGUCCCUGCUCUUUUCAAUUUUCUUGCUUGUUCUAGGAGACCGGGGGGGGGGGGAGUUGGUUGCAGCAGGAAGGAGAGACUACCUGGACUCUUCAGCAGCCCAUCUCAACUGCCUCUUCCCCCCCCCCCUUCUCUCCAGCUUCCUCUUCAGCCUCAGAGUCUGAACUGCUCUCUGCCACAGCCUCUUCCUGCUCACUAAACCACUUCUCCCUCUGACCACUCAUCAUCAUCAGAUGAUGCCUCCCACCUCUCCUCUGCAUUCAGCAGUCCUUGUCUAGAGAGGUGCCAUUUGGACAUCCCUUCAGGAAGCAAAUGUCUUGGGUUGGCACUGUCUUCAUCUUUUAGUGCAAUGGGACAAAAAGAAAUAAUUUUGAAACAUCAAUUCAUUAUCAGUAGCGCCUUUGUGGGAGAACUCUUUUCCUCCAUGUGGUAACAGGAGUCUAAGGGACUGCUGUAGAUUCUAGGUGCUCAUUCACACAAAAAAUAAUUUUUAUCAACCCCUUUCAUUGCAAAGAGACGCUAUUGCUUGAACAUUUCUCUUAUUUAUAGCUCAUUUCUUACCACAGCUCAUUUGUGCCUCUCUCUCUAAAUCCUGGUGGGAAACUGAAUAAGCUCAACAGUGGCAUUUUUUCUUCUCUUCCUCAUUUCUUUAUUUAUACUGUACUAAUUGUUGGCUUGCUCUUUUCCCUUCCAACACAAAUCUUGACACUAAAGGUUUUCUCCCCCGCCCCCACAUAAGAAAAGGCACCUGCCUAUUCUCACAUACCUAUUUAAUCCCUGAUGCUGUCCUUAUUUUCAGAAAGUUUGACUCACUAAGGUGUGAGUCAGGAAAAUGGAAGCAAUGUGGGCCUGCUUGAAAUGCUUACUUAUGUGGCUAAGCUAGAUGGUUGGUGGCAGUGUUAGACAUUAGCCAGGCACCAGGCAUGUUUUGCUACUGGUGCAGGUCCAAUUGUGAACAUGUGGAGAUCUCUGGAUGCCUGGUUGGCGACUGACAUCACCAUCUGGCAGGCCUCUCCAGCUUUCUUAAGCAGAUAAUCAGGAGGGCUUAUUUAUUGCAUUAAUCUCCGACCUUUUUCCUCCAAGGAGUACAUGGUUCACCCCAUUCCUUCAUCACUCAGUAGGUGUUUGAACCCUGAUCUCCCAGGCCCUAGUCUGACACACUAACCACUACACCACGCUGGCUUCAUAGAGUACUUCUGCUAUGGGGCAGCUCUAUAAAUUAAGUAGGUAAAUAAAUAUGAGAAAAGCAAAAUGUCACUUAGAGAAGGGUCAGAAGUAUUUUCCUUGAAGCUUGAAUUUGUUUUCUACUGGAUUAUUUUAUUUGGUAAUUUAAUGUGUUGUAAACCGCUUUGAUAUUUUCCCUUUAAAAUAUAAAGCAGUAUAGAAAUUAACAACAACAACAACAACAAAUUUCACUGGAGAAAAGUGCCCGCACAUUCUGUUGCAGCAACCAUAACCUCAGUUUAAGGUGCCAUUUGGCGAUUAGCUUAUAUAUCUUGAGUUUCUAACACUGGUUGGUGGCAAACCUGGAUACAGGAAUUUGGGCUGCUGCUGCAAAGCAAGUCGUGUGUAUGUUGAUGCCACCAAAUUUCCAAGCGGCCAUGGAGAAGUAGUAACACUGAACUUCAGUGGUGGCUGCUAGAGGUUUGAGAAGCCACUGAAUCUGCUGAAGGUUUUCUGCACUUUUCCAACUCCUUUCAGCUUCCUGCCUGACUCUUAAAUACAUGUGCAAAUCUGAGAUUGUUAAAGUGAAUCCAGAUGUUCUGCCUGUUAGCCAUGAGCCAGCCAAGCUGGUCCAUACAACUCUCGGAAGGGAAGGAAGGAAGCAGCAGAUGGAGUGCACUCUCUUCCAUGAUGCUGUUGUGCUUCCUUCCAUCCAUCCAUGGUGGUGAAAGGACAGGUCAAACCAUUAUUUUUUUCAGCAUGGUCAAGCUUCAUCUUCCAUUUGGGUCGGCUCAUGAGCAACAAGCUCAUCCUGCCUAUGGGGAAUAUGUGCUGCAUAGGAUGAGUGGUGUAGCAGGCAUGAAUUAUUGAGAUUGAGUCUUGCUAUAUGCAUGUGCAUUUUACAGUGGUACCUCGGUUUGUCUGUACUUAAACUGAAGUGUACUUAACCUGAAGCGAACUUUCCCAUUGAAAGUAAUGGAAAGUGGAUUAAUCCGUUCCAGAUGGGUUUGCCAGACCUCCUUAUAUUUAUACUAGAGUACCAGACCUCCUUAUAUUUGUAUUGGCUACCCCAGUGGUUUUCAAACUUUAUUCUUUCAGGAAACAUUUUCCAAAUUGUCUUGGUCUGCUGAGGAACCACAGUACAUCUACCCCUGAGUGUUUCAGAGGAUUCUGGGAGUGGGGGUGGGGUUUCUUUUGGGGGUGUGUUUGUCUCUUCCAUUCACACUGAGUAGGCUUGCUAAGCGCCAUGUGAGUUUGCCCACCAUUUGCUUGCUACUGUGCUCUUUUUCAGGGAGGUUUGUCUGCUAUUACUGACCUUCCCACUGAGUUUCCCCUGUAUACAUCUAAGAAAUCUCAGGUUUCCCCAGAACACAGUUUGAAAACCACUGGGCUACCCUGUUCCCACAUGCAUACGGAAGGAAGAAUGGUUAAACUGGCCAACAGAACUUGGGAAUAGGCCCUUUAUAUUAUGUAGCCAAAGUAGCACCGUCCAUUCUCUUCCUCCGACCCAUCACACAUUUAAGUUUGUAUAGACUGGCUUCCUUUGAAUGAAGUGUGCCAUGUUAGUAGGCUAGCUAGGGCACCACGUCUGUUAUUAACAGGCUUUUAGAAAUGUCACUUCAUUGGUUUAAAUCAUACCUUAUUUCUUUCUUUCUCUCUCUCUCCUCUCCCUUUCCUCUUGUUUUGUGUUCUUUUUCUUUUUUCAAUCAGCACCAGCUUUCCUUUCUCCAGUGUUGGGAACUUUUACGCCAGUCCAUGCUGCAACUCCUCACCCUUGCGGGCCGACUGCUCAUGCCUCUGGCUUGGACCUAACCUAUAAAUCUUGGCCCAGCCAGGGUUGAGGGGAGCUAUGGGCAGCUCAGCUUCAUCGCUGGCCGCCGAGACGGAGUCGGACCAUGGUUUCACUGGCUCAACCUACCCAGGGCAUCUGGCUGCAAGUUGGUAUAGGAGUAGCCACAGUGGCCCUGUAUGGGAAAGUGCCCUUAUAACACGGCAGCAUCAGCACGUGAAUCACCGGGCACGAAGCCACACCCACUCUUCUGGUUCUAUGGCCGCUGUGCGGGAAUGGUCUUGCACCCGCUGCACGUUCCUGAACCCCGUAGGACAGCGCCAAUGCUCCAUCUGCGAGGCCCCGCGCCAGAAGCCCGACCUCAACCAAAUCCUGCGCCUCAGUGUAGAAGAACAGAAAUGGGCCUGCGCCCGCUGCACCUUCCGGAACUUCUUGGGCAAAGAGGCCUGUGAGGUGUGUGGCUUCACCCCUGAGCCUGGGCCUGGGGGCUCCCCACUCCCCAUCAUCAAUGGAGUCCUGCCAAAGCCCACUGCCUUGGUGGAGCCCAAGGGCACCUGCAAGGAGGAACCUCCCAAGGCCGAGAGCCCUGGUGAGGACUCUGGGGGGAAGAGCCCAGAGGAAGUGGGGCUGGAGGAUGGCUGGGCCUGCCAGCGCUGCACCCUUCACAACACCCCAAUGGCCAACUCAUGCUCGGCCUGUGGGGGCCCCCGCAAGCUCUCGCUGCCCAAGAUCCCCCCAGAGGCGCUGGUCGUCCCUGAAGUCAUUGCUCCUGCCGGCUUCCACAUAGCACCCACCACCCCUCAGCCCAGCAUUGCUACGGACAACCCCGAGAGCCAUCCCAUUGCCAACCCAGGUGCAGCCACGAUUGAGCAAGAGAGCCAGAAGAUGCCAAGCUUUAGCCUUUUCUCCCCCGGCCUCCAAAACAACCCCGUUCCCCGCAGCCGACGAGAGGUGCCCCCCCAGCUGCAGCCACCGGUGCCUGAGGCCUCGCAGCCGGCCUCCCCACCAGCACCUGUGCAGAAGGCCAUUCGCUUCCAGGAGCUGCUGGCAACAAAGCGGCUGAGCAUGCUGGAAGAAGAAAUGGAGGUGAGCCCAUCGCCCUGGAAGUGCAGCACCUGCUCCCUCCUCAACACCUCGGGAGCUGGCACCUGCGAGGCCUGCAGCACCCAGAAGGGAAGUGACACCAUUGACUUGACUGGCGAUUCUGUGCGCUUCACUCCCUGCGGUCCAUCCAGCCCUGACUUUACCACCUGGUCCUGUUCCAAGUGCACAUUGAAGAACCCCACAGCCUCUCAGAAGUGCAAGGCCUGUGGCUCCUCCAAACUGCAUGGCUUCCAGGAACACAGCGCGCAGGGAGAGUUGGCUCUCAAAUGCCCUGAGUGUGGCUCAGACAAAGGCAGCUGCCCAGCCUGCAGCUCUAAGGCCCCCUCGGCCCGCAAAGUGGCCCGCCUCUUCCCCUUGCAGCCACCUGUGACCCCAGAAAGGCCCAGCCAGUGGCCUUGCCCGGCUUGCACGCUGCUCAAUGAGUUCAAGGCCAAGCACUGUGUCGCCUGCCACACUCCCCAGGGGUACCUGUUGCAGCGCAAGGGCGCCAAGCCACUCAGGCGCCGGGAGAGUAUGCACGUGGAGAAGCGGCGGCAGACAGAUGAGGGGGAGGCCAAAGCCCUCUGGGAAAACAUUGUCUCCUUCUGUCAAGAGAACAAGGUCAACUUUGUGGAUGACAGUUUCCCUCCAGGGCCCAAGUCAGUUGGCUUCCCCGAAGGGGACAGUGUCCAGCAGCGAGUGAAGCAGUGGCUGAGGCCUCAUGAAAUCAACUGCAGCAUCUUCAAGGACCGUUCAGUCAAGUGGUCUGUUUUCCGGACACCUCGGCCCUCUGACAUCCUGCAAGGGCUCCUGGGAAAUUGCUGGUUCCUCAGUGCUCUGGCUGUGCUGGCAGAAAGGCCUGAGUUGGUGGAACGGGUCAUGAUUACACGGAGCAUGUGCCUGGAGGGAGCCUAUCAGGUGCGGCUUUGCAAAGAUGGCACCUGGACCACUGUGCUGGUGGAUGACAUGCUGCCCUGUGAUGAGUGUGGCUACCUCCUCUUCUCUCAGGCCCAGAGGAAGCAGCUAUGGGUGGCCCUUAUUGAGAAAGCCCUGGCCAAACUCCAUGGUUCGUACUUUGCCCUCCAGGCAGGGCGCGCUAUUGAAGGCCUAGCUACGCUAACCGGCGCCCCCUGCGAGAGCCUGAUGCUGCAGGUCAGCUCCACUAACCCUCGCGAGGAGCCCAUUGACACUGACCUCAUCUGGGCCAAAAUGCUGAGUUCUAAGGAGGCUGGCUUUCUGAUGGGUGCAUCCUGUGGAGGGGGCAACAUGAAGGUGGAUGAUGCAGCCUACGAAAGCAUGGGCCUUCGUCCACGGCAUGCGUAUUCCAUAUUAGAUGUCCGAGAUGUGCAAGGGUGCAGGCUCCUACGACUCCGUAACCCCUGGGGCCGCUUCUCCUGGAAUGGUAGCUGGUCUGACGAAUGGCCCCACUGGCCGGCACACUUGCGGCAUGAGCUGAUGCCCCACGGGAGCAGUGAAGGGGUCUUCUGGAUGGAGUACAAUGACUUCAUCAGGUAUUUCGACUCAGUGGACAUCUGCAAGCUCCAUUCAGACUGGCAUGAAGUUCGUGUGCAGGGCACCUUUCCCAACAAAGCCAGUGGACCCAUUACCGUCACCUCACUGACUGUGCUGGAGCGUGCAACUUUGGAGUUCGCCCUCUUCCAGGAAGGCAGCAGUCCCAUCUCCAGUUCCAGCUCAACUGCUAUUGAGCCGACACAUAGCAUGAUGGUGGUGGCACUGCUAUCCUCUCACAACAUAAAAGCCAUUUCCUGCCAUUUGUCCUGCUCUUCUAACAUGACUAAGGAACAGAAUGAAGAUUGCAGCUGUCUAGAUUGGGAGAACUGUGGCUACACAGAUAGGGGCAUUAUUGUUUCUCAGUGGAACAGGUUUAGCCCCGUGCUGUAAUGAUCGGCCCUGUGAACAUCCCUUUCCUUCUAUAUCAGUGAAAGGCUGCCACUUUACCAGGAAGGUAAAGCACUGCCGGGAAAAUCUGGUCCUCAAGCCAUGACAGUGGCCUUCAUUGAAAGGUGUGGUAUUUAUAUAUUUAUAGACAUGUGCUGCCUCUCUCCCCUGUGAGUCCUUACAAUAGACAAGUCCUCUUCUCUCAUCUCCCCAUCCCUCAUAGUGACAGGCAUUUUUUAGUCAUUAGUUUCUGUGAUCUUCAGACUCAGAACCCACUUUUAACUGCUACAAACUUCACCACAGGACCCAGUAAUGGGAUGAUGUUGUUUUUUUAACAUGCUCAUCUGCCUGCUUUUUUUCUCUAGGGUGGCCAGAUGUGUAGCAGAAAGCAGGACCCUUGUACCUAGGGAGCAUAGGAAGCUGCCUCUUACAAAGUUUACACCAUCGAUCCAUCUAGCUUAGUGCUGUCUACACUGAUUGGCAGCAGCCCUCCAGGGUUUCAGGCCGGGCUCUCUCUGUACCUCUGAAUAGCUUGUUGCCCAUGGUGUCAUUGGAGAAGCUAGGCUUCCAUCAGCUAUUAGAGGAGCAGAAAGGCUACCCUCCUUAUGCCUCGAAUCCUUCUCUCUCUGCCACUAGAUGACCCUUCGGGUCCCUUCCAAAUCUACAAGUCUAUGUUUCUCUGAAGACAGAAACUCUAAACAAAGAAACGAUGGAAAUGGUGGUGAGGCCACUGCUGCAAGCUGCUAUUACCAAGACAGCAGUCUGGCAAGAUCCAUAUUUUUGCCCCCCACCUCAUAUUGUUUGUGUUAUCCUGUUUGGUGAAAGAGAGUGGGUACAGCGGCUUGUGCAGUGACUUCUGACUCCACUGCACUUCACAGGAAUGUUGGGAACUCCUUUACACCAGGAGUCUAGCAAUUGGCCCAUCCAAUUCAGUGUGGUCUGCAGCAACUGGCUGCAGGUUCCCACAGACUGAUUCCCAGCCCCGCCAAAGAUUGGACCUGGCACUUCCUGCAUGCUUUCACACUGAGC